AUGGGUUUCACCGUCCAUCAACGACUGAUAUUCGAGUUCAAAGUCUUCGAGUUUGUCAACGUUUCUAACAACCGCAUGUGGAGAGUUUUCACUCUAUUCUUAGCCGAAUUCUUGGGCACAGGAUUACUGCUGUUUGGCGGUUGCAUGGCCAGCUUAGAUGGAUUUGAAAUAACUACAACCAAUAUUAGUCGAAGCAUUGCUUUCGGGAUGGUCGUCAUGAUGGCAUUUAUCACGUUUAGUUCUACGUCAGGAGCAAUUAUUAAUCCCGCCGUAUCUUUGGCAGCUUACAUCUCAGGUAUACUCUCUUUUCCGCGAAUGAUUCUUUAUGUAGUAGCACAAUUUACUGGAGCCCUAUGUGGUUAUGGAUUAUUAAGGGCUGUCACACCUUGGUACAGCUAUUUAUUGGCAAAUAAAAACGGAAAUGGGCAUUGUGUUACAGUACCACAUUCUAGCCUUUCUGCUGGAGAAGCCCUCGCUGUCGAAAUUCUUUUGACGGGUAUACUAGUUUGGACAAAUUGUGGCAUCUGGGACCCACGUAAUAAACAGAACAGUGAUUCCGUACCGAUAAAGUUUGCGUUUCUCAUAGCAGGAUUGUCUAUCGCUGGAGGACCAAUUACCGGAGCUAGCAUGAACCCAGCUCGUACUUUAGCUCCUGCAAUCUGGAACCAUUCCUACAAAGGUCUUUGGGUAAUUCCAAUGUUUACGUUACAGAUUUAUUUUGCAGGGCCCACAACUGGUGCGAUCAUUAUGAAUCUUUGUUAG